CACGUACACACACCCCCGAUGGUUUUCUGUGCCAUCCCUACUUGUUUUUGUGUUUUUGCCCUGAACGUGUUUUCAACGCUGUUUUUAACGCUAGCGAUUAAUUAUAGCGCAACAAUUAUUCAAAGGCAGUCUCUCAGACACAUUCACAAUGCGAAUCGAGGCAGAUGAUUCUUUCUGGCUGGAAAAGGCGGUCUGCUGCAGUGCAGAAAGGCAGUACUACGAGACGCUCAGUAGGCGGAAAACCAGUCUUCCCGGCCCCGCUCCCCUGAAAACGCCUGCCUGCGCGCCGACCAUAGCCGCCCCCAACAUCGCCGCCCCCUCGAAGAAGGCCAAGAAGAAAAACAAGACGAUGGCCGAGAAGGAGCCGCCAAACAAGCUGCUUUACAUGAAUCCGCUGACCAUGGAGGCCAACUUUUUCCUCGAGACCCUGAACUCGGUGAACCAGAAGGCCAAUCCGCCGCAGCUGGAUCCGCACCUGGCCAAGCUGCUGGAGCGUAUUAUGGUGGGCAUCGAGACCUACAUGGACAGGAAUCCCACCUACGUUCUGCCCCAGGAAAAGGCCGCCCCGGGCGAGGGUGUGGUCUUCGUCCAGCCCAAGGAACUGCAGACGAUCAAGCGCACCUUCAACUGCAGUGCCUGCAGCAACCGCAUCGUGGGCACCUCCAUCGCAAAGGCGGUGGCCCACCUUUCGGAGCAGCACCCCAACCCCAAUCCCAACAAUCAGCCAGUCCAGCCACAGCCGGCACCCCUGUCCAAGCAGGAGAAGAAGCAGGCCCCGGCGAAGGCCCGUCAACAAAUGGCGGUUCGGCUGCCCAAGAAGGCUAAGGCAAUGAUUGUGGGCGAGAUCACGAAUGUGUUUAAGGACAAGUACCCCAUAGCGGACAAGUUGAAGGUGAUUCCCGAGUACGACAUCAUCGAACAGGCCCUCUGCAAUCUGUUAUCUCCGGGCUUUCCCAAGCAACCGCUGCGCGUCUACAAGUUUGGCUCUCGCAUUACCGGCAUUGGUUCCCGGUCCUCGGAUCUCGAUGUUUUUGUGGAUAUUGGCAACACCUUUCACACCUUUGAACACCGUGCUUCCAAUACGACCAUCACCAAGCUGCGGGCGAUGCGAAAGUUCUUCUGCGGCAGCGACGACUGGCGCAUUAUUAAUGUCAUUGAGCAGGCCCGUGUUCCCAUCAUCAAGACAUGCCAUUUGCCCACUGGCAUCGAGUGCGAUAUUUGCCUGAACAGUUUGGGCUUCUGCAACACAAAUCUGCUGAAAUACAUAUUCGAAUCGCAGCCACUGACUCAAUAUAUGUGCAUAUAUGUUAAGAACUGGCUGGAGCGCUGCAAGCUGACAGAACAGAUAUCGACGUACAGCAUUACCCUGAUGGUAAUCUACUUCCUGCAGCUUCAGCACCUGCUGCCGCCCAUAGCCUUGCUGCAAAUAGACGAGUCAGUCAAUCAGGGCGUGCUCGUGGGACCGUGGGUUGUCAACUUCGCACAGAAAUCGCCCAGCGAGCUGGGACUGCAGCAAGUAGUAGUGACUGUCCCCGUGGUGAAGGGCUAUCUUCGGUCGUUCUUUUUGUACUAUGCCAGAUUUGACUAUGAGCAUUUCUUGGUCUGCCCAUAUUUCGGCCAGGCCGGAGCAGAGAUACAAAGCAUUGAGAAUAUACUGCCUACUAGGUAUUCCGCAUAUGUUUUGGAGAACCCUGACUGUCUGCUCCAGCUACGAAAACCGAUGGUGGUCCAGGAUCCCAUACAGCUGAACCACAACGUGACCAAAGCGGUCACCAAAUACGGACUGCAAACGUUUGUGGACUACUGCCAGCAGACAGCUGAGCUGCUGGAGGAGCCGUCGACCAAUUGGCGCCAGCGCAGUACUUAAUUCCUGAUCACCGUCCUCCAUCCAAUCUCACUUCCGUCGCUGGUUUAUGCUUUGUGUGUGCGAGAGACUAAUUCGGGUUUCGACUGAUUGUAUUUUGGGCGUUUGGCACGUCUCGACAAUAUACAAUACACAAUACAAGUAUAA